UCCGUUUGACGAAGUGCAUGUCUGCUUACUUCCUGUUAGCUGUGCAGUGAGGUUGGCUUCAGCGCUGUUUCAUCCUGUGUGUAGUUAGAUUAGCUGCUGACUUGUGUGUGUGCUGUUACUGAGCGUAGCCAGUCUGAGAUGAAGAAAAGCAGCUUCAAGCUGAUGAGGAGGGACAUCACCUCUACGGAUUUCUGCUCAGUCCCUCUUUGCUCUUCAUCGGCUAAGUUCUCCUCCAUGAGCUUCCACGCGUUUCCAACCGAUGCUGAGAUAAGGGCGAAAUGGGUGGUGAACAUCAGAAGGGUGAACUUCACCAUCACCAAUCGGUCCAGGGUGUGCAGCAGGCAUUUCCUAAAGGAAGACCUGAUCGAAACGCCCAAAGGACUUCGUCGUCUGAGGAAGGGGGCGCUGCCGGUGUUGUUCGAGUGGAACGGAUAUAAAAGCCAUCAGCAUGCGAAUCCUUUGGAUAGAAGAGAAAGUCCAGCGGCUAACUGCACACGUCAGCCUGACGGGGACAUGGGUGGCGAGGGCGGAGCAGAAGACUCACGGAUUGAAGCCUUAACAAGUCGGAACAAGUCUCUAGAGGUGCUGGGCGACCACGACUAUUCGAAGAAGCCCCUCUCUGCGGGAGAGGAGCUGCAGGCUGCACAGAUGGAGCUCGAUCGUCUGGAAGAAGAAAGCAGAGAACUGAAAAGUGAGCGGUUCUUUCUGUGGCGUCUCCAGCUUGAGCCGGACUUGAUCAAGUUUUUCACUGGAUUUAAAGACUACAACACGCUCAAAGUGUUCUUCUUAGCUCUGCAGCCUACAGCACAGACUGCCUGGGAAUGGAGUCAUGCGCUGAAGGUGAAUAAAACUGAAGAAAACACGGCGGACGCCGGCUGCCGUGCUCAACACCUGUGUCUGUUUGAUCAGCUGUUCCUGUUCCUUUGCUUUGUCCGGCGCGGGUUUCUUCCUGUUGAAAUGUCCGUGCAGUUCCACGUGUCAGAGGCCACGGUCCAGUCGACCUGCUUAACAUGGUGCCACUACCUGUUCUUUACUCUGGGAACACUACCAAUAUGGCUGAGCAGACAGGCUGUAGAUGAGCUAAUGCCGCCGUUCUUUAAAACGACCUUCCCCAAAACACGGGUGGUGCUGGACUUGACUGAGAUCCACAUCCAGACGGCCACGUGCGCAGGGAACUCCUCCCAUCAUAAAGGCUCCACAACACUCAAGUCUGUGGUUGGCAUCGCUCCCUCCGGCUCAGUCAGCUUCGUCAGCAGCGUCUACGCGGCCUCCGUGUCCGAUAAGGACGUCAUCAGGGAGUCGGGGGUUUUAAACCUCCUGGAGCCCGGCGACCAAGUGAUGGCAUACAGGAGCUUAGAGAUCAAAGACCUCCUCGAUGUGAUCGGCGUAAACCUCGUCAUCCCAACGUUCUUGGGGCCAAAGGGACAGAAACUCGAGGAAACGCCCUCACAACAGGUCGGCCACCUGAAAAUCCACAUUGAGAGGUCGAUCGGCCGCAUCAAAGAGUACCAGAUCUUUGCUGACGUUGUUCCCUCUGCGCUUUGUGCUUCGGUCAACCGGCUGUGGACGGUCUGUGCUCUGCUGACAAACUUUCAAGGACCUUUGCUUUAA